CAGAUCACCAGAGUGUAUCUUCGUGAACACCCGCCGCAAGUUGGAGUGAUGUGUUCUUCACAUCAUUCAAAGCGGUCGCCAUGGACGAGAAGUCGAGACCCUUCCGGCGGCCGGUAUGGACCAGAGGUCGUUGUUGGACGAGGGCACCAGGAGUUACGUAUCUGAUAUUUUCUUUUCUUUGUACGUAUCUGAUCCUGGAGCAAUGGAAACGUAAAGCGAAGGAGCCGGAUUGGGCAGCUGGGAUCGGAAACAGAGCGGAGUUGCGUGCUUUAAGAUUGGAGUUGGAAUGGACCCGGUCUCAGAAUUAUUUUUUCCCAUCUUCUCCGCCUCCGCCUUCGCCUCCUCCUCCUCCUCCACCUCCGCCGAUGGCAGCCGCCACUCCAAGCAAAAGCAACAAGGACGUCAUGGCCUUCGACUAUGCCAAAAUGCUCAUUCCGAUCUCGCCUUCUGCUAUCAGGGCUACGUUGGACUACGACAUCAGUGCUAUCUGCAAGAUUUUGAUGGCUAAUGAUGGCCGUUCGGUCGCGGAACGAAUGGAUUACUUGUCGAAGAAUUUUGCUUCAUUCAAGAAGCCUGAAGCUCUGGUACCUGUGGACGACCUGGAGGAUGAGGACGAUGAGGAGUCACUUCUACUGCUCCUUCCCUUGCCCCCUAUGCAAAAAAGUUCAAGAAUCUGUGCCCCACCUACUGUUCCAAUGCCGCUACACGGUUCGAGUUUGGGGAAUUAUCAAGUCUUGGCUUGGCUUGGUGGCCGAUAUGCACUCUUCUGCUUGGAUGGCUAUCCAUUCGGAUCUUUUGAUAGGAGAGGCCACAAGAGGGGGGCAACAAAACUGUUGGUUGUGAUCAUGGCUUCAGUAUCGGGUGUUAUGAUAUUCAACAUGAGCUAUCGUAGGCCUUCUGUUAUGUGCAAUUUUUAUGAUUGUGUCCUAAAAACACAUCUCUGUUUCUCAUUCAAGUCAAAGCGAAUAAAACAAGUUUCAUGCAUUUCAUGUCUACAACUUCUAUAUAAAAAACAUUUGGGUACCUGGCUAAAAGAAAUUGACAUUGCCUCAGUCUCCUCUCUUGCUGCUAGCUGCGAACCUGAAGAAGAGAGAUAUUAAUGGUAUCUGUGCCAAGUAUAACUGGUAUCCUACGAGGGAUAAAACUUUUUUUAUUGAAGGGUGCAGCAGCGAGUGUUGGUCUAUUUGGCUGAGCAUGAGUUAUAAGUCGGUGUGUCAAAUCAGAGGAUGAAGCCGGAUGUUAUCUAAAAAAUGCUGGCUAGGUAAGUUAUUUGUGUGUUUUGGUCAUGUUAUGCACAAGUUCAACAAAGAGUCAAUUGCAUCACUGGUGCUAGAACUUGGCGUGAAUGAUCACUUUAGUGCUACAAGUUGUGGUGUACAUUGAAGUGGUGUAAAAACUUGGCUUUGUGGUGCAAAUACGGUGCAAAACUCGUUUUUAUACAUCCUUGGCGCUGACUUGGCGUGCCAGCAGGCAUGGGCCCACUGUCAGUGACCUUACGAUGGGGACAUGUUGUGUGGCCUACUCUUUUUGCCAAAAAGAAAUCAGUUUUUUUUAUUUUUUGGUACAAAAUAAUACUAGGAUCUGUAAGCUAUACAUUCUAUAGAUUAACAACGUAAAUUAUUAUUUUUAAAUACAAAUGAAGAAGGUGCGACCCAAUUGGCGAUUAACCACCAGGCCUGAUGACAUUUAGUGCUCUACAAGAAUAAAUAUUUUGGGAGUGACUUAUAAACAGGCGACUGAUUUUAAAUUGGUGUCAGGUCGUUUUUUAUUCCACUCAAUGAUUGUCACGUGUCUAAGUAUAUACUCUGUCUAGAAAC